GUCGACUAUCAUUUGGGCUCCUGAAAAUAAUUGAAUUAAUUCGAUAUUGCGUCAAGUUAAAUUCUCAAAAACGUGAAAAUAGCAAACAGUGAUAUCCUGUUUUCCUAUUUCUGAGAAAUCGAAAUAAGUAAUAUGGUCCUAACAAGAGAUGUUCGUGAAGAAAUUGAAUCAGCAGUUAACCAAGCGGUGAGCAAAUCCAUAAAAAGUGAUUUUCUUAUCGAUCAAAUAGUAAGCAAAGUCACGGAAGCUAUAAUAAAAACAAUAGAUCACAAACUGCUUAAAAUGGAAUCUACAGUGGCGGAGCUUGAACAAAAUUUCGCUAUCCUAAAUGAAAAAUUUGAAAAUAAAUUCAAAACCAUGGAAGAUGAGAUGAAAACGACAGUAAGAAUGAAAAAUAAAAUGGAAGAUAGAAUAGACCAAAUGGAUCAAGCGACCAGAGUUUGUAAUUUAAGAAUAUUCAGCCUGAAGGAAAAGACAAACGAAAAUACAAGAGAAGAAGUGAAAAAAAUCCUUAAUACAAAAAUGUCGCUAAAUCUGGCAGAUCAGGAUAUAUCCAUAUGCUACAGGAUUGGUAAGAGAGUAGAAAAUAAACCGAGAGGAAUCUUCAUGAAACUGAGCAAUCUGGAGAGUAAACAAGCCAUUUAUGAAAAGAAAAAGCUCCUUAAAGGCACAGGGGUUGUAAUUAGGGAGGAUCUAACUGGACCAAGGGUGAAACAGCUGAACACUGCCAUUGAAAAGUUUGGAAUUAAAAACGUUUGGACCCUCAAUGGUAAAAUCUAUAUCAAUAAGAACAAUAAAGUGUAUAUUAUCAAAAAUAGAGAAGAUUUCACGAACAUCCUACGACAACUUGAUGUAAAUUAA